GGCAUGAAUUAUCUUCACCACUGUAGUCCACCCAUCAUUCACCGUGACCUGAAGUCGUCAAACCUACUGGUUGAUCGAAACUGGACCGUGAAGGUUGCUGACUUUGGUCUUUCUCGCAUCAAGCAUGAGACGUAUCUCACUACAAACGGAAGGGGAACGCCGCAAUGGAUGGCACCAGAAGUUCUUCGGAAUGAGGCUGCUGAUGAAAAGUCCGAUGUUUAUAGCUUUGGAGUAGUACUAUGGGAGCUUGUAACAGAGAAGAUCCCAUGGGAAAAUCUAAAUGCUAUGCAGGUGAUUGGAGCAGUGGGGUUCAUGAACCAGAGGCUGGAAGUUCCAAAGGACGUUGACCCUCAGUGGAUUUCUUUAAUGGAAAGCUGCUGGCAUAGUGAACCGCAGUGUAGACCGUCGUUCCAAGAAUUGAUGGACAAACUAAGAGAGCUUCAAAGGAAGUACGCUAUGCAGUUCCAAGCAGCUCGUGCUGCAUCAGUAGACAACUCUUUGCUCAAGGAAAAAUGAACCGGAAGAACAGAGAAUCUGAAUAUGCAUUUCGCAUUCAAGGCAAGAGAAAAGAAGAAGCUUAUGUGGUACAAAAGAAGAAGUUUGGUGGAAGUUGCAAUGAAGAGAAGCAGCUGAAGAAAGACUUUGAUAUUAUACUCUCUCUCAUUGCUGGGAAAGAGAAGUUAUAUUCAAUUCUUUAUAUGGAAGUUCAAUUCGAAACCAGUCAUGUGUUUGCGAUGAGAGCCACAGAGGGUAUACAUAUAUAUAUAAUUGUGCCUAUCUAUUUAUGUAAUUCAUGUUGAGAGGCAGACCCAGCUCUUAAGAAUAGUCUGUACAGGUGAAAAAACGAGUAAAAAACAAGAUUUGUAAGCCUAAUUUUUAGUAAAUAGUGUCACAUUUAUUUGGAUCA